AUGGCUAUGAGUUCUUUUUUGAUCAACUCAAACUAUGUCGACCCCAAGUUCCCUCCGUGCGAGGAAUAUUCACAGAGCGAUUACCUACCCAGCGACCCCUCGCCGGGGUACUACGCCGGCGGCCAGAGGCGAGAGAGCAGCUUCCAGCCGGAGGCGGGCUUCGGGCGGCGCGCGGCGUGCACCGUGCAGCGCUACGCGGCCUGCCGGGACCCCGGGCCCCCGCCGCCCCCGCCGCCGCCCCCGCCGCCCCCCGGGCUGUCCCCUCGGGCUCCCGCGCCACCACCCUCCGGGGCUCUCCUCCCGGAGCCCAGCCAGCGCUGCGAGGCGGUCAGCAGCAGCCCCCCGCCGCCUCCCUGCGCGCAGAACCCCCUGCACCCCAGCCCGUCCCACUCCGCGUGCAAAGAGCCCGUCGUCUACCCCUGGAUGCGCAAAGUUCACGUGAGCACGGUAAACCCCAAUUACGCCGGCGGGGAGCCCAAGCGCUCCCGCACCGCCUACACCCGCCAGCAGGUCUUGGAGCUGGAGAAGGAGUUCCACUACAACCGCUACCUGACGCGGCGCCGGAGGGUGGAGAUCGCCCACGCGCUCUGCCUGUCCGAGCGCCAGAUCAAGAUCUGGUUCCAGAACCGGCGCAUGAAGUGGAAAAAAGACCACAAGUUGCCCAACACCAAGAUCCGCUCGGGGGGCGCCGCGGGCGCAGCCGGAGGGCCCCCAGGCCGGCCCAACGGAGGUCCCCCCGCGCUCUAGCGGUCUCUUGGCCGGG